GCUGGGGUCUACGGCUCAGAAGGGGCUGCCUCGGAAGGUGCUGUGAUUUGGUCAGGUCACAGUCCCAUCAGGGAUCCUCCUGUCCAACCUGGUACCUGGUGCCCACCACGGUCCAACUGGCCUGGAACUGGCGGAACCCAGGCUGGAGGAGUGAUGUGCUGGCUGCGGGCAUGGCGCCAAAUCCUCUUGCCAGUUUUCCUUUCCCUCUUUCUUAUUCAACUGCUUAUCAGCUUCUCUGAGAAUCAUUUUUCCCACAUCGCCAGACAGAGGGGCAAGCAGAGAUCAAAGUCUUUGGAUGAUGCAUGUGCUGUAAAGAAAAAUUGUCAAUUAUGCACAGAAGAUAAGAAAUGUUUUUGGUGCAGUGAAGAAGGGGCUUGCAAAAAAAUGUGUCUUCCAUAUUUCGGGUGUCAAUUCAGUUCUGUAUAUUGGUCAAACUGUAGAGUUGACAUGUUUGGAUUCCUGAUGCUUCUACUCAUCAUAAUAUUAAUUGCAGUACUCAUUUGGUAUUGCUCUCAAGUCUGUGUUGCUGGAAGACCACGCACAGUUUAUAUUCACCGUGGGCCUACUGCUGGAUAUGAUGAAUAGAUAACUGGAAAAGAUAGAUUUCCAGAGAGAGAAAGAUGGUUUCUGCAAUGGCUUCCUUCAGGAUUUUAAUCAUCCUUACAGCCUCUUUGAAAAUGAUUGAACUUUCAAAUUCCCUUAAGUUAAAAUUUUAAAUUCUAUUGAAAAUUUUUGUAGAGUAUUUCAUUACUUUUACAUUAUGACUUGUUCAGUAAUUUGAGAUCAUAAGGGUUGAAAAAGCUCUUGAGACAAGAUUUUAUGGUGAAUUCAAAAACCUUUUAAAAACUUCUAAAUAAUCUCCUUCCUAGCUAGUUUUACGAUCUUAAUGUUCUUUCCUUGGAACAUAAAGUGGUAUAAAUAUAGAAUGUUCAAACAUCCAACAUGUAAAUUUAAAUAUGGCAUAGGGAUUAGAGGCUACACCCAAGAUUACGUAUGACAUUGUUGUUUUCUAAUCAGUGUUACCAGACAAUAAACACUCAAAUUCUAAUUUUGUUUAUAUUUAUUAUUACCAAAAAAACCCUGCUCCACUAUUCAAAAUCUUCCCUGGAAUAGCAAAUCUGAGGUAAUAUUUGGUAUCAUUAGUAUCUGUGUUGAUGACACUUUGGGCGGAUUAAUGACAACAUAUUUUUAAUGCUGUAGAUACUUUAAAAGAGGUGAAGACUCUUAACCUCUUAAUUUAAGGAAAAUACUAGAGGAUUUUUUUAAUAGAGCAAAAUUAUGCCAGACUACCAAUACCAGGUAGUUUUUUCAUUAAAAUUCAGUAAUGUUUUGAUACAUUAAUUAAUAAGU